AUGGCUAUGGCCUGGGAUCAGAAUGCACUACGGGCAGACUUUUGUCAUGCAUUGUCAGAAAUGUACAAGAGUGAGGUCCCACUAUAUGGGGACCUGAUCGACGUUGUGUGGGAGGCGGAUGCACAGGCAGUACGGGCGAGUAAGACGCUAGGAGGAGCCAAAGCUAUCAAUCCAGACGACGUUUUGCCUUCUCGCCAUCGAGUCGAAAGACACGGAGCUAUCAGACUUGGCACAGCAUACGAGUUGAGCACGAUACGUCGCAUGUUUUCAGUCAUGGGCAUGUAUCCCGUGGGGUAUUAUGAUCUGAGCCUCGCUGGCUUCCCUAUGCAUGCCACAGCAUUUCGGCCAAAAACACAGGACGCAUUGUCACAACAUCCAUUUCGGGUCUUCACCACAGUCCUACGGAUGGAGCUUUUGACAGAGAAGACGCGGAAACUGGCACAGAAAGCAUUGGCACAGCGAAAGAUCUUCACUCCCAGACUUCUCGAGCUUCUUGACUUGGUCGAGAAGAACGGUGCCUUAACGCCAGCUGAGUCUGCCGAAUUUAUUCAGAAUGGAUUAGAAACAUUUCGUUGGCACUCAAAGGCGACGGUGACUCUUGAUGAAUAUAUGCAGCUUAAAGCUGAACAUCCUCUUAUCGCCGAUGUCGUCUCAUUUCCCAGUUCACAUAUCAAUCAUUUGACACCUCGCACAAUCGACAUCGACCUCGUUCAACGACUCAUGGUGGACCAAGGGAUGCCAGCGAAAGAGCGGAUCGAAGGGCCUCCAAAACGAAGUUGCCCUAUCCUUCUCCGACAGACAAGCUUCAAGGCGUUAGAAGAAACGGUCUACUUCCGAGAUACACUCGAUGAGUACGUGAAAGGAUCUCAUACCGCACGCUUUGGAGAAGUGGAGCAGCGAGGGUAUGCUUUGACACGAAAAGGUCGUCAAUUAUAUGACCGGAUUCUAGACCAGGUCAAUAUUGACGCAACGAAGAACAAUCUCAAGGGAGGCGACUAUGAGAAGGUGUUGGAAGGCCAUUUCAAGGCAUUCCCCGAUAGCUUGUCGGAACUUCGCGACCAGAACCUCGCUUAUUUCAGCUAUCGAGUUACCUCAACCGGCGAAAAGCUCACGGAAGAUGGCGCGGUUCUGUCAAAAUUCGGGAGCAAAGCAUCUAUCCAAGAGCUUCUAGACCAGGAUAUUUUGGUCUAUGAGCCUCUCACUUACGAAGACUUUUUGCCACUGUCUGCGGGUGGCAUCUUCAAUUCCAACCUUGGCAGCGUAUCCCAGUCAAAGCAGCUUAUUAUGAGCGCGGAGCCGGAUCUAGAUGGGUUCCAACGUUGUUUAGGUUCCUACAUCGCAGAUGAAUUUUAUCUUUACUCCGAGAUGCAAAAGGAGUCUAUUCAACGUUGUAAACAUCAGCUUGGGUUGGAAAUCAUCGUCUAA